AAACCCAAGUGGUUGCUUUCCGUUGAGGAGCGUGGUGUGAGUAGGGAGGGUUGUAGGGUCUCAUUCAUUUUAAAAAAAUAAUAAACCCUCGCCUGAAGGAGGACUCGAAACGUUGGAUAACAAGGAAAGCGAAUAUGCCUUGUCGGAAGGAGAACUACAUUCUUUUGGAGCAGUCGGUCACUGUUGACUCGAAAGAGGUGGACGCUCUGGUGACCAAGAUCGGCGAAGCGCUGCAGCUGCACAGCAGCGCCGGUGCCAAUAGUCAGAAGACGCUGUCAUCGUGCCUUCAUCACAGUCACAGCAGCAGUGGCGACAAGCACACUUGCACCAGUACAAAGCACAGCUACAGUGCCUCACACACUCGCACUAGCAGCAAUACAAAGCAUGGCUGUUGCAUUCGGCUUCGAAAUCGGGGUCUCCGGAGCCGGGCCAGUCCUUACUCCAUCCCUGGGGACUACAGCGAUCAGGACUGGGACAGUCUGAGAGCCUGGAACCGCAAGAAAAUAGACGUGUCGAGCCAAGAGGACGACCCACAUCAGCUGCUCCAAGAAUUGAUUUUGUCUGGAAACCUUAUCAAGGAGGCUGUUAGGCGCCUCCAGCUCUCUACGGCAGACCGUGCGGAUCUCUGCAAACCUGCCGACAGCCUGCAGUGCUAAUGAAGAAUAUGACGGUGCGAUGUCUAUCGGUGGAUCUUCGUCCUUAAUGACAAAAGAUCGGAGGGGCUGGUGACUGAGAAUAGACUAGAUCGUUUCCUGUGAAGACGUAUUCCACCUAAAGAGGAACUAAAAUAUUUAAAUAUGUAUUGAUAAUACUACAACUACCUGUGAUUUAUAUAUUUAUAUCAAUAAGCGAAUUAAAGCAGCUGCAUUUUUUAGAAACGUUUUUUAAAUUGGUUUGUUUUGGUAACCCUAUUUUUUUUUAAGGAGACGUUUGUAAAAGACGUUUUGUAAAAUAUUCAGAUGUGUUGCAAUCGUUAUUUUUUCGUCCUGGUAAUACGUAAACAAAAAGGUGCCGUUUUUUCUGCUAGUGAGGACGAUCUUUUGUUUUUGUUCCACGCAAGUAAUUUGUAAAAUGGUGGAAAUUUACCCACGUUUGUAUCUGAUCGAUGGGUGUUAAUCUGUGGGUCACACCUUUUUUAAUGGCCUUCUUUGUGCGGAUCUUGCUCAGAGCUGACAACAACACAUGCCUUGUUUACAACAUGAAAGCAACUGGGGCUUGAUUUGUUGUGGUUGCGCUAAAUCUGAAACCCCAAGGUCGUUACUCUGCACACCCUCCCCGGCUGGAUUCCAAGACAGCGGUGUUUUGACUGCAUGGUGUCUCUUUUUCAAAGAAGCGAGCAUGGAGCCGCUGAGAAUUGGCACGUUGGCCGGUUGUGUAGUGGAGGGGAGAGUAGUUUUCCAAGAAGAGCCGCUCUGUGUUCCGACAUUUCUCAGAACUGAACAGCCCUAGGGUUGGGUUAAGGUCUUUAUGUAUGGGGGAGGUGUUGCCCUGUUUCAAGUAAAAACUGAACAUUUCGUUUAAAAAACGUCACUUUUUAGAUUUCCAACGUGGAAUCAAAUGAUUGUGUUUGCAUUGUGUAAAGUAACUCACUUUGUACACUUCGCAACGAAGUAUUUUCUACCAAUUUUCCUGAGUUUUCAGGACUUUUUGGUGUCUUAAAUAAACACGAUGGUUUUGCAACCACG